AUCCAUUUAUCCACUUUUAAAGAAAAAAUAUAAUUUUUUCAAAAGCUUUGAACUUGGUCCAACUAAAAAUCAAUUCCUCAUCAUCUUCCUGCGUAUUAUCCAAAUAAACUCCUGAGUCCUGUAUCAAUGAGUGAUGAGAAGGAUCCCAUGUAGUCACAAAUCAGUAGCGGCCAUAACCAAAACCUUAAGUAAGCAUCCACGACUGAUCGAACUCAACUGUCAGCUUGCGAGCCUUUCCCGCUCAUGUUACUACAAAGAUGUUCUCCAUCUGUUCGACCAAAUUCACUCCUCUCCCUCGCACCUUCCCCACUCCAUCAAACCCGAUCAAUACACGCUCUCUACAACGAUCGCCGCCUGCGCCCAUCUCCGGGAUGUCGUUUCCGGUGGAGAACUCCACGCCUAUGCGAUUCGGGCAGGCCUCAAGUCCCACCCCCACGUCGCCAACACGCUUCUCUCGUUUUACGCGAAGGCGCAAGAUUCGACUUCUCUGAGAAAGGUCUUUGAAGAGAUCGAUAACCCGGAUGUGUAUUCCUGGACGACAAUGUUGUCUGCGUGUCUUAAGAUGGGGCAGGUUGGUUAUGCACGUGAGUUGUUCGAUGAAAUGCCGAGGAGGGAUGUGGCGGUAUGGAAUGCAAUGAUCACGGGCUGCAUGGAAAACGGAUGUGAGGAGAUUGGGAUUGGUUUGUUCAGAGAAAUGCAUUGCCUGGGUGUUCGGCAUGAUAAAUAUAGUUUUGGUAGUAUUCUGAGUGCGUGUACCGUGGAGUUGAUGGACUUUGGAAAGCAAGUGCAUUCCAUGGUGAUUAAGACUGGGUUUUUGAGUAAAGCUUCUGUGAUCAAUGCGCUUAUUACUAUGUCUUUUAACUGUAAAGAUGCCUCGAGUGCAUUUUUGGUGUUUGAAGGAGCAGAUGCCUUGGUGCGUGAUCAGAUUACUUUUAAUGUGAUGAUAGAUGGUUUGGGUAGCUUAGAAAGAGUCGAAGAGGCAUUGAUGAUGUGGAGGAAGAUGCUGGAGGCUUGUCUGAGGCCCACUGAGCUCACUUUUAUAAGUCUUAUGGGUUCAUGCUCCAAUGAAAAGAUUGGACGUCAAGUACAUGCUCAAGUGAUAAAGAGUGGUUUCAAAGGUUGUACUUCUGUAGGCAAUGCAAUCAUAACCAUGUAUUCCAAUUGUGGGAACUUACGAGAAGGUUACAUGGUUUUUGCGUGUUUGGAAGAGAAGGACCUUGUAUCCUGGAAUACUAUGAUAUCAAGUUAUGCUAUAGGGAAAUCAGGUAGAUCAGCAAUCUGGACCUACCAGGAAAUGCACAGAACAGGGAUCAAGCCAGAUGAGUUUACCUUCGGGAGUCUGUUGGUAAGCACAGAGUCCAUAGAAACUGUGGAGAUGAUUCAAGCCCUUGUUUUUAGAUAUGGGCUUAUUUCAAAAAUUGAAGUUUCUAAUGCAUUAAUUUCAGCAUAUUCUAAGCAUGGAGAGAUAGAGCAAGCCUAUCAAAUAUUCCAUACUUCUCAGAAGAAUUUGAUCUCUUGGAACACUAUUAUUUCUGGACUCCUGCUAAAUGGAUUACCAAUUCACGGCUUGGAGCAGUUCUCUAAUUUGCUCAUAUCAGAACUCAAACCAAAUCCUUAUUCAAUCAGUAUUAUCUUGAGCAUCUGUGCUAACAUCUCAAGCUUACGAAUCGGAAAACAGGUUCAUGGUUAUAUUCUCAGACAUCAAUUUUUCGAGACUUCUUUAGGCAAUGCCCUGAUAACAAUGUAUGCUAAAUGUGGCAUUCUUGACUGGUCUUUGAGAGUAUUUGACAAGAUGGUUGAAAAGGAUAUAGUCUCCUGGAAUGCCCUGAUUUCAGCUUAUGCGCAACAUGGAGAAGGAAUGAAAGCUGUCCAUUCUUUCAAGGCAAUGCAAAAUGAAGGUAAGGUCAAGCCUGAUUGUGCCACUUUUACUGCCAUUCUCUCCGCUUGCAGCCAUUCAGGUUUGGUUGAUGAGGGUGCUCAGAUAUUCAAUUCAAUGGUGAAUGAUUACGGCUAUAUCCCUGAGGUAGACCAAAUGUCUUGUAUGGUUGACCUCCUUGCUCGAGCAGGGUUUCUUGAUGAGGCUGAAAGCAUAAUAAACAGUCAAGAAAUAGAAGCCCAAUCCAACCUCUGGUGGGCAUUGUUCAGUGCUUGUGCAGCCCAUGGAAAUCUAAAGCUUGGAAGAAUUGUUGCCAGGUUUCUUCUUGAGCAAGAAAAGAAUAAUCCAUCUGUUUAUGUUCUUCUGUCAAAUAUUUAUGCAUCGGUGGGACAGUGGAAAGAAGCAGCCCAUGUAAGGGAACUAAUGAAAAGCAUUGGUGUAAAGAAGAAACGGGGUAGUAGUUGGAUCAGAUCAUAAAACCAGGUACUCUCGGAAAAGCUACAGAAUUCCACAUUCAGAACGUGAGAGACCUACAAAUUCCGGUAUGAUGUCAAUGACAAGGUGAGAAAAAAAGAUAAAUGAUGUGAUGGUCUGGCUAAAUCAAAAUCUUUCUUCACCUCACAUUUAUGAUCUUAGAACUAAUUGUCCCACAGAAUUAAAAGCACGAAGAUGAAAGAAAUUUGCAACUUGAAGCACAAGUCCUAAUCAGAUAAUUCUAAAGGCUGUGAAAU